UCUUCGGCGGCGCCCCUCUGCCCCCUCGCUCAACAGUCGUUACGAGCAGCAGAUCUCACACAGUGCUAGGAAAAUGUCUUUAUAAAUCGAGACUACUAAUAUCUUUGCAACACCGGAGCUAAUCCAAGGGAGCAGCUCAGAUCCUAGGACAGAUGGAGGUGACGGAUGGCCUGCCUUUUUUGCUGACCCCGACGCCUUCCCCCAUCUCUCCGAACUGUCCUCUCCUACCGGUAGACGGGACAUCAUCAUCAAAGAGCCACCCACAGGUGGGUAAAUCAUGCUCGAAAAAAGACAUGGAAGCCAGCCGGCAACGAAGGAAGACGCAAGGCCCAGGAAAAUAUGUAUGCAAAGUUUGUGGUGACGAUUUCACCGUAAAGCAUAGGCUUCAAGGACACCAAGAGUCAAAGCAUGAUGGCAUCAAAUUCCGAUGUAAUGCGUGCCAUGUAAAACUGAGCCACAGAACGGCUUACGAUCGUCAUGCCAAGAAGACUUGUCCAGUUCUUCAUCCUCGCGAAUACACUUACUAAUCGCCAAAUAACACUGAGCAAUGCUCCGUUUCACAUUGUUACGACAUGGCAUUGGGGAUGCCGACA